CAUCUUCAUCCGUUUGCAGGUAAUAGGGGCAGCAUGGGCGAGUUCUCUGGCCAGCUCAUUUCCCUUAUGAAGAGGGCUGCCGCUGAGCAGGGCGGCAUUAUAUCCGGUGACAAUCCUGCCAGAUACAAUGACCAGGAUCCGCUCAGGCUAUGGGUCAUUCAAGUCGCUAUUAUCGUCAUCUUCACUCAGCUGCUUUCGUUGGUUCUUGGGCGCAUCCGCCAGCCGCGGGUCAUCGCCGAGGUCAUUGGUGGUGUCUUGCUUGGACCGACGGUGAUGGGCCGUAUUCCCAACUUCUCGAACAGCAUAUUCCCUACCCAAUCCAUCCCACUUCUGACGCUUACGGCCAACAUUGGACUUGUGUUCUUCCUCUUCUUAAUUGGCCUUGAAGUCGACACUGGUGUUAUGCGCCAUAACGCUCGUGCAGCGUUUUUCAUCAGUACCGCUGGUCUUAUUCUCCCGCUCGGGCUGGGUGCAGCUCUUGCUGUUCCUCUUUACCACGCAUUCGUCGCUGAUACCGUGAAUUUUGGAUACUUCAUCCUGUUCGUGGCGGUGGCGAUAGGCAUUACUGCAUUCCCUGUGCUGUGCCGUAUUCUCACGGAAACGCACUUGCUUGACACACCCGUUGGUGUAGUAACGCUUGCUGCGGGAGUCGGAAAUGACGUUGUCGGCUGGAUUCUUCUCGCACUCGCCGUCGCUCUUGUGAAUGCGUCAACUGGACUAACUGCUCUCUAUGUCCUACUAACUGGUAUAGGGUGGGUGCUCUUCAUGCUCUUCCCGGUCAAGUGGGCAUUCCGGUGGCUUGUGCGCAAGACAGGGAGCAUGGAACGCAGCCAACCAAGCAUGUUCAUGAUGACUGUCACGUUUCUAAUGGUUCUCAUAUCUGCCUUUUUCACCGAUAUAAUCGGGAUCCACGCUAUUUUUGGUGGCUUCCUUGCUGGACUAGUUGUCCCGCAUGAAGGUGGUUUUGCGAUCGCACUAGUUGAAAAACUUGAAGACAUUAUCUCACUUGUGUUCUUGCCUUUGUAUUUCGCCUUGUCUGGUUUGAGGACCAAUCUAGGCCUGCUUGACAAUGGAAAAACUUGGGGUUAUGUUGUCUUCAUAUGUGUCAUUGCCUUUGUUGGCAAAUUCUCUGGCUGCUUCGUAGCCGCAAAACUCAACAGAUUCAGCCUUCGCGAGUCUGGAGCAAUCGGGACUUUAAUGAGUUGCAAAGGACUUGUCGAGCUCAUCGUACUGAACGUCGGUCUGCAAGCAGGCAUCCUCGACACGAGGACGUUCUCCAUGUUUGUUUUGCAUGCUAUCGUUCUGACGUUCAUUACAACGCCUCUUACUCUAUUGUGGUAUCCUGUAUCUAAGCGAACAUUUGUUGGGAAAGGAGCCGUUGGCAAGGACAAACAUGGUAAAGAUGGAGGAGGGGCCCUACCACCCUCAGAGGACGGACUAAAGACCAAAUUCGCUGUCGUCCUAAACAGGGUUGAGCACCUUCCUGCGUUGAUGACUCUUGCGCAGCUCCUCAAGCGACCCACCCCCUAUAGACGCAUUUCGUCGGAUACUGCGACUGGGAGUAUUCAAAACGAAAAGCCUGUUUCAUUACCUCCCGUUCAGCUCUCCGCGCUCCGAUUGGUCGAACUCACAGAGCGUACAUCUGCGGUGCUUCGUUCCCAAGAGUCAACCGCACUUGCUUCAGCGGAUGCACUGCUCGGCGUUGUUCGGGCAUGUGGACGCUUAAAUCAGCUGCCUGUCUCGGCUGAACUGGCUGUUGUGUCGUCAGAUGAAUUUGCUCGUCGAGUUGCUGGUUUCGCGAGCGAGCAUGCCGCGCAUAUAGUUGUCAUACCAUGGUCACUUACGCUCUCUUCUCGCACGAGUAUUGCUAGUACCCCUGGUAUAGAAGAGCAACACGUCUCGUUCACUACACCUUUCCCGGCUGCUUUAUACAAUCCAUUUGAAGGAAUGUUUGCUGCAGCGUCCAGUGUUGGCUCGGGAUCCGUCGUUUACACCGCGUUCAUUCGGAAAGUCUUUAUGGAUUCACCUUGCGAUGUAGCACUCUUUGUUGACCGUGCUGCUUCGUCGCCUGACGUAUCGGUUGCAAGCGCUGUGGCUGACAUUGACGGUCAUCAUCUGUUCCUGCCGUUCUUCGGUGGACCGGAUGAUCGGCUUGCCCUCGAGCUGCUUGUGCAACUGUGCACGAAUCCAAAUGUAACAGCAACGGUCAUCCGCAUUCACAUAUCUGAAGAACCCACUGCAGAGGAUGCUACUAUAGAGCGACUUGAUACUGUUGAGCAAGAAAAGGCCGCUGCACUUACGAACUUCACAGUUGCUGGUCCAGCUCCUAAUGCUGAUACAGUAUAUGGUGCGCAGACGACGGCUACGCGCUUGCAAUCCGAGACAGCGGACGAUAUCGUUUGGAGUCGAUAUGCCUCGCCUUCAAAUGCUUCGCCUCCUCUUCCACCCGCUACAAUAGACGCGCUGAAGCGCAUUACGUUCGCCACCGUAUCCUCUUCGCAGCCAUUGCGUGUCGCACUCACGCGUGCAGCUCAACAACCCUGGACUAUUGCUAUUGUCGGACGUGGACGACGAAUGGCGCGCACGACGCAUCGUGCGGAGCUCAAAAAGCUGUUACUCCACGCGGGUCAUGGACACAAAGACGCAGGUGCUGCAGGUGGUGAGAUGAGCCGUACCGUUGGAGAUGUUGCUGCUGCUUUGCUACUUGCUCCCCAUGGUGGCGUUGCGACUGCUGCUGCUAUGCAGGGAUCUGUCAUUGUUGUGCAGGCUGCUCUUCCUCGUGGACAGAGUGCUUAGAUGUGCUGGAUUGGAUUUAUUACGACGUAUAUAUUUCAUGUCAUGGUUGUGCCUGUAUUUUUAUAUGUAUAUACUUAUCGACCGUUCAUUAGUAUUACAAUUUUGUGCAUGCUUCCCUGCACUAUACCCUGUAAACCCGGAGACUGCUUGGUCGAUCAUGGUUCUUCUAGUUGUUUGUUCAAAUUUGCAUGCACGUUGCUUGCUUUUACGAGCUUGUCGAAUUUUACGAGUGCGCCGCCGAAAAUGUCCAGUGAGCUUCCAUACGUAAGGUCCACACGGCCAUUAGAGAGACGAUCUACCAAUGCAAGGUCUGAAAUGUCUUUCGCACCACCGGCGUAUGUGGUUGGUAUUGUUGUCCAUUCGCCUAGUUUUGUUACGAGCUCUUCGUCGAUGCCUUUACAGAGGCCUUCGACGUCGGCUGCAUGGAUGAGGAAUUCACUGCAAUAUUCUGCGAGGAGGUCUAGAGUAUCUUUACAGACUUCCAUAUCUGUGAUAUCUUGCCAUUUGUUCAUGGCUACGAGCCAUUUAUCGUC